GCUUGUCUCGUUUUGUGAUUCUAAAUUAAAAAAGAGAAAACGAGUGCCCUCAUCCGUUUUCUCGUUUUGAUUUAAAACGAAAAACAACAACAACAGUGUUUUCGUUUUAUGUUUUUACGGUAAAACGGACCGCCGGUUAGCGUCCGCACAACCGGAAACAGGACACCGGAAGCAGAGGAAUAACAACAACACCGACAUGGCCGCCGACAGCGAUCCCGAGUCCGAGGUGUUCGAGAUCACCGACUUCACCACCGCGUCCGAGUGGGAACGGUUCGUAUCCAGAUUGGAGGAGGUGCUGAAUGACUGGAAGCUGAUUGGGAGCCGUGCAGGAAGCUCCACCCCACAGAAGGGGGAAUUCACCAGUGGCUCCUGGGGGGAGACGUCUCAGGACAUCCAAUUUGCUGACUUUAAGUUCUACAUAAGUCAUCACUUCCUGAAGCAAGAGUGUGAGCAGGACGAUGGGAAGGAGCAGCUGGAGGACGAUGCCUUCCCAGUGGCAAUGCAGGACCUUCUGUGCAUGAACAAUGACUUUCCUCCUCGAGCCCACUGCCUGGUCAGAUGGUUUGGCAUACGAGAGUUUGUGGUCAUCUCCCCUGGAACCAACUGUGAGGCGAUCACCAGCGAGUCCAAAUGCAAUCUGCUCCUUAGCUCCAUCUCCAUUUCUCUGGCCAACAGCGGCAGCCAGGUGCCCGUGUUUGUUCAGAUCCAGCAGAAGUGGAGGCGCGUGUAUGCGGGAGAGUGCCAGGGUCCAGGUGUGCGCACCGACUACGAGAUGGUCCACCUGCGCAAGGUGCCGAGCCAGUACAACCACCUGUCCGGCCUGCUCGACGUCUUCAAGUCCAAGAUAGGUUGUACCCUCUCCCCUCUGCCUCCGAUCAACAUCUCCAUCCGCUUCACCUACAUUCUCCAGGACUGGCAGCAGCACUCGUGGCCGCAGCAGCCUCCAGACUUUGACACGCUCCUUGGCGGUGAGGUGGGAGGCGUGGAAUUUGGGAAGCUUCCGUUUGGAGCUUGCGAAGAGCCAAUCGGUGAGCUUCACCUUGCAGCCACCUGGCCUCACCUGACGGAGGGCAUCGUUGUGGACAACGACGUGUACAGCGACCUCGACCCUCUCCAAGCUCCUCACUGGUCGGUCCGGAUCCGCUCAGCUGAAAACCCCCAGUGUCUCCUGGGUGACUUGCUCACAGAGUUCUUUAAGCUCUGCUGCAGGAAGGAGUCGACGGAAGAGGUUCUGGGAAGAGGAUUGGCCGAUGAAGAGGGCAAAGAAAACAGCGACAUUAGCUCUGCGCUGUCGAAGCUGACAGAGCCAACGGCGACCGUGCCAAUCUCCAAACUGUCUGUCUCCAGCAUGGUGCACAGCGCCCGCAAGCACAUCCGCCGCCACCGCCGCGUCGACGAGUCGCCCCUCAACACGGACGUGCUCAACUCCAUCCUGCUGUAUCUCUUCCCAGAUGCUGCUGUGGAGAAAUCACCAGAGAACAGCAAGAAUAAAACGAAUGCACCCAGCGGCUGUGGGGGAGAUGAGCAGAAUAAGAACGCUGACUGUAACCUCUCCCUCCAGCUGAAGUCGGCGCCCAGCAGCAGUCUGACCUACCGGCUGGCUCUGUGCGCCUGUCUGGUCAACUACAACCACGGCGGGCUGCGGGCCGUCGCCCACCUCUGGCAGGAGUUCGUCCUGGAGCUGCGCUACCGCUGGGAGAACAACCACUUCAUCUACGGGCUGCCUGCUGGGCCUCCAGACCUUCGCUGUUGUCUUCUGCACCAGAAGCUCCAGAUGUUGAACUGCUGCAUCGAGAGGAAGCGAGCCAGAGAGGAAACGCGCAAGGUGCUGGAGGGGAGCCGAGAGCGCCGGCUGCCCCCGCCGGAGCCCACCGCGGCCAGGGAGGUGUCCCCGGGGAAGUCGUGGGACUCGUGGAGCGACAGCGAGGAGGAGUUCUUCGAGUGCCUGAGUGACCAAGGAGACAUGGAGGCGGAGAAGGACGGCAGUAAGAGUCGAGCAGAGGGACGGCUCCACCCCUUCAACAACACCACCCUCCUGCACUGUGCCGAGCCGCUCUACGUUCCUGUCACUCAGGAACCUGCUCCCAUGACGGAGGACCUGCUGGAGGAGCAGUCUGAGGUUCUGGCCAAACUGGGCACGUCGGCUGAAGGAAGCCACCUGCGCGCUCGCAUGCAGAGCGCCUGCCUGCUCUCGGACAUGGAGUCCUUCAAGGCAGCAAACCCAGGCUGUGUCCUGGAGGACUUUGUGCGCUGGUACUCCCCGCGAGAUUACGUGGAGGAGGAGCUGGUCGAUGAGACGGGUAACAGAGCGGUGAAAGGUGAGCUCAGUCCCAGGAUGAAGAUCCCAGGCAACAUGUGGGUGGAGGCUUGGGAGACGGCCAGGGUUACACCUGCACGCCGCCAGAGACGACUGUUUGACGACACUAAGGAGGCCGAAAAGGUUCUGCACUACUUGGCGGUGCAGAAACCGGCUGACCUGACGCGCCAUCUGCUGCCCUGCAUCCUGCACGCGGCUAUCCUGAAGUUGAAGGAGGAAGAGUCCAUAGAAGACCUUCCAUCAGUCAGAAAGACCAUUCAGCAAGCUACGGGCCAAGCCAGCAAGCUGCUGCACCCCCUCAACCAUGACUACAAGAAGCUAGAGGACUUCAUCAAUCAGCUGAUGCUCAUGGAGACGGCCAUCACCAGAGCUCGCUCCCUCAAGGCCAAGUUUGCCAGCUGUGAGGGCGGGAAGGAGGAGGACGCAGAGGAGCUGGAGAAGUUUGUGAGCUCCCUGCUGGAGGAGCCGGAGGUGGUGGUGAUGGGGGGCGGGCAGGGGCCGGCCGGCAGCAUCAUCCACAGGCUGUUUGUCAACGCUCAGAGGCUGGCUGACUUCACCAGUGACGAGGCUGCCCUCCUGCCACCGCUGGACGAUGACUUGUGCCGGGACCAGAAGCCCACAGGGGGAAGCCACAAAGUGCCUGACUUCCCUUCUCCGGCGGGCCGGGAGAUCCUGCUGCGAACGUGUGUCCCUCGGCCGGCGCCGUACUCCAAAGCUCUGCCGCAGCGCCUCUUCUGCGUGCUGAUGAAGGAGGAGUUCAGGCUGGCUGGGGCCUUCUCCUCAGACACGUCCUUCUUCUAAGAGCAGAGACACCUUAUGUAAAACGCCUCGUGUCCCUUGAUCUCACUUAGAUUAUCCGUCUGGUCUUCGUUGCAUUGGGGGGAAAACAGUUCUUUGUAGGAAAGUAGGAAACGUCCCUGUAAACAACGAGAAGCGGCGUUACUGCGUCACGGACUGAGGCGGGUGGACGAGCGUCGUCCUUUCACAAAGUGGUGUAGUUUCAGAACGCUGUGAGAUGGUACAUGUCGUAUAAUCAGGAGUACGUGAAUCCAGGGCGAGGUUUGUCCACCCGUCUGUCCCUGCAGCUGAUCCCAGUGCAGCCGCUGUCAUUGAUCCGCGCUCGUGUCCGUCGGCUUUUGCAGCAAUAACAAUGAUUUCAUGAAGGAAGCAUAAAUAAACCAGUCAGUCUGCCAGUUAAACACUAAAUGACAUUUCAACACCAGUGUUCUAUGGAACCAGUCACAAUAAUAUCCAUCUUCACUGUAACCUUCUUGCUAACUUAAAGAAGUCGUCUUCUGCCUUUUUCAGCUCUGGUCGAAGGCUGACGUAGUUGCUGACGUAGUUGCUGACGUAGUUGCUGACUACACAGUGUUUUUGACGCACACAUUCUACAUACACAAGUUUGUUUUACCUCGUUGACCAGCGGUAAAUGCUUUGUAGGUGUAACUUUGAUAUUUGGUGAGUGUACACUACAUGUACUGUUCUCUCAUGUAAAAUAAAGUCAGUAAGUCGCCACGUGCAUCAUCCAACACGGACCGUGUGCAUCUGACACGCGCUCACACACACACACACACACACACACACACAGCCGUUUAGUUCACGACGUCUCACACAAACACAUGUGACACAGUACGGCCAAUAAAUCGUUCCUAAAAGUA